AAUGCUGCGAGCGCCGUCGUGCGACAUAUGUGAGAACUACAACAACACAAGCACAGACAACAAGGUGGGAGGGUGAAAUCAGUACGUAGGUCGCUGCGCGCUGAAGUCAGUGAAGAUGAACUACGCAAGGUUCCUCAACGCCGUCAGUAAGGCGAGGGUCGCAUCACCUAUCCGAGAACUAACUGCGAUCCAACAGCGAGGCCCCCCUACCCUCAUCUCCCUGGCCAGUGGGAUGCCCAAUACUGACAUGUUUCCCUUCAUACAAGCUUCGGUAACUCUACCGGAUGACAGCCAGCUGCAUCUGGAUCAGAAGUUGAUCAAGAGAGCUCUACAGUACUCCCCUACACCAGGGAUACCUGAGCUGGUCCAGUGGUUGAAGCAGCUUCAGGUGCAGCUACACAGCCCUCCCACCUGCAGCCUGGGCCCUGACCAGGGACAGAUGGACCUGUGUGUCACAACCGGGAGUCAGGAGGCACUGUCAAAGACAUUUGAGAUGCUGGUCACCCCCGGAGACAACGUCCUGAUGGACCAGCCCACCUACCCAGGAACACUUGCGGCAGUCCGCCCUCUAGGCUGUAACCUGAUACCUGUGGAGACUGACCAGCUGGGGAUGAGACCAGAUGUCCUGAGGGACGUCCUGUCCAGGUGGACGCCCCAGGACUGUAAGAAUCCGCAGUCUGACGUUCCCAAAGUCCUGUACACCAUUCCCAAUGGCGGGAACCCCACUGGAGCAACAAUGUCACUGGACCGGAGACAAGAAAUCUAUGAGAUAGCAAGGAACUAUGACCUGAUGAUAUUGGAGGAUGAUCCAUACUAUUUCCUACAGUUUGAAAGGCCUCGCCUUCCCAGCUUCCUGUCCAUGGAUGUGGAUGGACGGGGUCUCAAGUUUGACUCUUUCUCAAAAAUUAGUCUCAGACUUCUACAAGGAGAGGAGAGAUCACAUGAUCAAGUCAGCUGACAAGUGGCUCACAGGCCUUGCGGAGUGGCACUCGCCGUCAGCUGGGAUGUUCCUGUGGCUCAAUCUGCAGGGCGUCCAGGACACCCACAAACUCAUCAUGGAGAAGGCCAUGGAGAAGGAGGUCCUGUUUGUGCCUGGGAACGCCUUCUCUGUGGUCCCCGGGGAGCCGAGUCCGCACGUUCGAGCUGCCUUCUCUCAGGCUACUCCUGAACAGAUGGAUAAGGGUCUGGAGAGACUAGCAAGGCUGCUGAAAGAAGAGAGCCAGCUGUCUUGAAUAUAGACAACGGAUUCUAAAUAUCUUAAAGGUGUUAUGGGUUAUGCGGAACAAAGAAAUUUUGUCAAUCAGUCAGGCGUCUUUUAUUCAGUGCAUUUGGAUGGUUUUGGUGUAUGUUAUGGAAUGGUAGAGGGUAGGAUAUUAAACUCACCAUAACUUUGGGAAUUUAUGGACAAGAGUAUUCAGAAUCUUCAGAAAACCCUGUAGUAUCAUGGAUUGUUUAAUUUAAAUUAAUCUAAUUUAUUUGAAGACCAAAUAUUGUAUUGCAAUAGUCAUGUACAAAAUACAGUGCCAUGCAACAAUUGUUUGAUUAUCAUGAAUUGUAUUUUUUGACCAUUGUACAGAAAUUGGUAACUGAAAAGUAUACAAUUUAUAUAAUCUUGUGGAAUAAAAACAAGU